AUGUCCUUCCAGCAACUCGACAACGCCCCCAAGGCCGACGACUUCACCCCACUAUCAGAACACCAAUCGCAGACCCCGACGUCCUUUUUCAGCGCAAAGCCCGUUCUCCAUGCUCACUAUGAGGGCAUGACUCUGGUGGCCGCUGCUGACCAGCUAAAGCAAGACGCGGCGUUUAGCAAGUUCAGCUCAAGACGCGAGGGUGAAGAAGACUUUGUAGAUGGCAUUGACGUCUGGGUGUCCUCUGAAAAUGUGGUUUUGUUUCAGAGCACGCCCUCUCCUGUCGGCGUUUCGAUCCCAUAUCCUUCUCUCGCCCUCCAUGCGACCAUGAAGUACAAGACUACGAUUGAGGCGCUAUACGUGAACAUAUCACUCAACGACGCCGACACCGUAAAUGAGGACGACGAUAUUCACAUGCUCGAGGUCACCCUACUGCCCCCGUCGUACACCUCGAAACCCACCGAGACAUGCAUUACAGACCUAUUCACCGCGCUGAACACCUGCGCAGACCUGCAUCCCGACCCAGAUGCCAGUGAUGACGAUGGCGAAGACAUACUGGACGACACAGCACCCGGUGCGUCGGGUUGGAUAACGGCUGAGAACAUGGACGAGUAUAUGGAUGAGAAUGGUAACUUCAGUGGCAUGGUGAUUGGAGAAGAGCUGGGACCUGGUGCCGGAACAGUGAGAGCAAGGGAAGACACCGAGGAAGGCGCCAAUGGUUUGAAUGGUACAGACGGGCACGAAGGGAAGUACUAUCGCACCGGCUGA